AUAACCAUGUUUGACAGUCUUCUGUUACACAUGAAGGCCUGGACAUGUGGUGUUCAAGAGGUGUGGUCAAAAUGGUGACACUGUGCCACCCAGUUGUUGUCGUCUAUGUUUAGCUGCUUCUAUUUAAAAGACCAUGGAAAAAAUGGAGUCGACCGUCAGAGUGAAGCAGAGCUGCUCUUCUGGACUUUAGGGAGGACUUCUGUCUGGACUCACAGCAAGAGCGUUUCGAUGUCAGACUUAGAAGACGACAGGAGCGUUGAAUCUCGCUGGAGUCGGUUAUGUUGUCCAUCCGCUGUCCUUUCGGCCAGGCUGACGGUGGUGGUGGAGGACACUCACUUCUCCGAGGAGAAGACAUUGUUGGUGCAGAGUUGCGAUUAUUUCCGUGCGCUCUACCGCUCCGGGAUGAGGGAGUGUCGCCAGGAGGAGAUCCACCUGAAGUCUCUGCACGCCCGAGGCUUCUUCAUCGUCCUGGCGGUCUUACGAGGUGAGGCGCCCGGUUUGGACGCAGACGACAUUGUCGAGGCCAUCGAGUGCGCCGCUUUUCUGCAGGUGGCGCUGCUGACCAAGCACUUGGUCCGCCUCGUCGACUCAGACAACUGUUUGCUCAUGUUACACACGGCUGCCACUUUUGGCCUCUUGGACCUGUGCCACGCCGCCGCACUGUACAUCCGAAAUAUGUACGAUGACCUGGAGGCCGAGGUCAGGAGGACCUUACCGCCUGAGCUGAUUUCCUUUGUGGAGUCGCUCAGUCCGAGCGCUUUUGUGGCCGUCGGCGCCCAUGUGACCUGCGGCACGGGCGAAAGCGUUCAUGCGGCCUCCAGAACUGUCUGUUACUUGGACGAAACUGGGAACACCUGGAAAACUCUGACGGAUCUCCCGCUGGAAGCCAGCACCUCCAUGGCGGGUGUGGCCAUCCUGGACAACAAGCUCUACAUCGUCGGCGGCGUUCACGGCAUCCACAAAGAUGUUGUCGACGCCAGUUUCUGCUACGAUGUUUCCAAAAACAGCUGGAUGCAGCUCGCUGGUCCGAACCAGCAGCGCUUCAACCUAAGUCUCCUGGGACAAGACGGCCUCUUGUACGCCAUUGGAGGAGAGUACGAGCGGGCAGUGAUGUCAUCAGUGGAGGUGUUUGAGGUCAGUACCGGCCAGUGGCGCUUUGCCGCUCACCUGCCUCGGCCGGCUGCAGGGGCGGCAUGCACCAAAACCAUGGGGAGGAUUUUUGUGUGCCUUUGGAGGCCCAUGGAGACUACAGAGGUCUACGAGUACGUCCCCAGCUCGGACCAAUGGUCCCUGCUCACCAAGCUGAUCCGACGCCAGAGCUACGGCCACUGCAUGGUGGGCCACAGGGACGACCUGUACAUGAUAAGGAACGGGCCCUCGGACGACUUCCUGAGGUGCCUGAUAGACUGCUACAACCUGAGCACCGGUCAGUGGACCGCUCUGCCGGGGCACUUCGCCAAUAGCAAGGGCUCGCUCUUUACCGCCGUGGUCCGAGGGGACUCGGUCUUCACGCUCAACAGAAGCUGCACUCUGGAGUACGUGGUCAGCGGGAAAACGUGGAAACCCAGACGCCAAAAGAAAGGUUUCCCGCGAAGUGGAUCGGUGUGGACGUUCCUGCUACAGAUCCCAAAUGACCUAAAUGACUAAAGCACAGAUAAAUGAGGUGUUGGUCCGUCUAUCACCUGUUAAUCGUAGACUAAGCUGGAAUCCAUCGCACGCCAGCCAGUCAGCUACGUAGACAACUAGCAAUGGUACUGACAUCCUCCUAAGGUUGUCUAUUACAUAGAUUAAAUCCUCUGACUUAUCAGCGCAUCCAUUGUGCAGCUUGAUCACUUCAAGUGAAGAAUGACUUUUCUGAAAUAUUGGAUGCAAAGAACGAUGAGGUCGUUGAAAGAAAAACACCGGGACUGAGCAACAAGGGUGUCACUUUCGUGACUUCUUUGCCGCAGCUUUUUGUGAACUUUUAGAUCCGUUUCAAGGGAGCCUUUUGGCCAUAUUUGCACCGGAGACCAGCCAAUGGUUCUGUGCCAAACCAGAGAACCAUAAUGCGGAUCUAGAGUUGAGCGUCGGGAUGGACGAGCUACACUGGAGGUAUUACUACUCAUCCACGCGGCAUAAACAUUGGCCGGGGACUAGUGGGCAGCCUAGGACGAAGUUGGCUAUUGUUGGCGGAAGACUUAUAUACACACACACAUAUAUAUAUAUAUAUAUAUACAUAUAUAUAUAUAUAUAUACCAUCUUUGACCGUCUGUUACCUUGUUUGAGCUUCUUUUUCCUUUUUAUUUACCAUUUUAACCUUUUAUUUACCUUCUUCUUGACCAUCUUUGGCCCUGUUUUAUCUUCCAUUAACUUCCAUAUUAUUUUUCUUACCUUUUAUUUACCUUUUUUGACUGUCUUUAGCCUGAAUUUAUCUUCGUUUAUCUUUUA